AUGCUGUUGGAUACUGCGGAAAGUAUCCGCAGUGUACUCUGCAAGGUGUCAAAAAUUCUAAAUUUGUGUAAAUCAUCAGUGAUAAACAAGGAAUCAUUGCGGGAUGAUUGUGAUGACAUUAUUAAACAAAUCUGCGACAUUCACAGCAGGCUAAUGCACUCUGUAAGUGAGGUGGAUACGGAUAUAUUUCCCAAGACGAUCCCCUACACCAACCUAUUACACCUGCAGGCGACGAACAAAAUCGCGCUUAAUGAGUCGGAGCAACAGUUGGAUGAAAUUUUACAAUCUUAA